CGGUGCUGAAGAUGAUUAUAAAGAUAGAUCAAGCGAUGUCCUGACAGUUCCAGAAGAAAAAAAAGCAUCAAAGAUAAUUUUAAAAAUCUCAAAAGAUGAAAGAGAGGACGUAAUUAAUGAUACACCUUCAGGAUAUGUUGACCUUUAUAAGAAAUGUUGGUCUUAUUAUCCGUAUCAACGUCCAAAGUUAGAUACGAUAUUAAGUAAACUUAAAGAGCUUUCUGCAGAAUCAUCCGUUAAGUUUAUUACAAAUAACAUUGUUACACACAAACCGGAAAAUAAAGAUAAUAAAACCAAAUCCACUAAAAUGAAUAUUGAUACUAAGUAUUCUUCAACUGAUAAAAUUAUUACAGAAUCCGAGUUAGAUGAGAAUACGAUUGAAACGCAAUGCGAAAUUCCUCAAAUAAACGUAGAAUCUGCCAAUCAAUCAAACGUCCAAGAAAUUUCUAUUUUAACAAUUCCUACACUGACAUUCGAUGAGUCCCAAAAAUAUCUAAUUAACUCAGAGCAUUUCGAUCUUAUUUCUACGCUAAUUGAUCAUGAUUUAUCAACAUUUAAUGAUAAUAAAUGCAAAUAUAAAAAAAAAUCCUAUGAAAAAGUAAUCAGGGAGUCAUCUGGCUAUUUUUCUGUAGAAGAAUAUGAGGUUUUUCAAAUUUUAAAGCUAAGGUGA